AUGCGAGAACCCGUGGCGGUGGUAAUGGCAAUGAGGAUGCUACGACUUGAUGGUUAUGGAUGGUGGACUAUGGCACUAUCUCGUAGGACUCCGCAAUCUUCCCAGGGAGAUGUGUCAAACAUCGCCAGAGCGAUUGAGGCAAUGGUAGCUGCUGUGACGCAGCAAAGCACGGCAAUGAUGCAACAACACGAAGCAUCAAUGCAGCGACAAACGGCAGCGCUUGAACAACAACAACUGGUGAUGCAGCAGAUGGAGUUUGGAGGUAAGACUAGUCCGGACGCAGCAGACCAGUGGCUAAAAGAUCUGGAGAGGAUAUUUGAUGCCAAGAUGUGCCCAGAGGAGAGUAGACUGGCAUUCGCGGUGUAUAUGCUCAUGGGUGAGGCUGAGCACUGGUGGGUCUGUAUGAAGUCCAUGAUGGAGGAGAGGCAGGAAGUAGUUACUUGGGAGGUCUUUAGGAGAAAAUUUCUCUCUGAGUACUUCGCCGACAGCGUGAAGUAUGAUAAAGAGGUGGAGUUUCUACAGCUAACUCAGGGGAACAUAUCUAUGACUGAGUAUACGGAAAAGUUCAAGCAUCUCAGCCGUUUCUACACCAUGCCACUGGAUGAAGAGUGGCGAUGCAGGAAGUUCGAGAACGGCCUCCGUGGAGACCUUCGUCUGAUGGUGGCCUCGCUAUCCAUCAAGGACUUUGCCGCCUUGGUGGAGAAGGCAAGGGUCAUGGAGAAGAUGAAGGUAGAGGUGGAGACUCAACGGCCAUCCCAGUAG